AUGAAGGAGAAAUCUAAAAAUGCCGCCCGGACCCGACGGGAAAAGGAGAAUAGUGAAUUUUAUGAACUGGCCAAACUGUUGCCGCUGCCCUCCGCCAUCACCUCCCAGCUGGAUAAAGCGUCCAUCAUCCGGCUGACCACCAGCUACCUGAAGAUGAGGAUAGUCUUUCCUGAAGGCCUCGGGGAGUCGUGGGGCCACGUGAGUCGCAGCAGUCUGCAGGGAGUCACCCAGGAAUUAGGCUCCCAUCUCUUACAGACAUUAGACGGCUUCAUUUUCGUGGUCGCUCCAGACGGGAAAAUAAUGUACAUAUCAGAAACAGCAUCAGUCCACUUGGGCCUGUCGCAGGUAGAGUUAACAGGAAACAGCAUUUACGAAUACAUCCAUCCAGCAGACCAUGAUGAAAUGACAGCCGUCCUCACAGCCCACCAGCCUUACCAUUCACACUUUGUCCAAGAAUAUGAGAUGGAGCGCUCGUUCUUUCUGAGAAUGAAAUGUGUCCUUGCUAAAAGAAAUGCUGGUCUCACAUGUGGAGGCUACAAGGUGAUCCACUGUAGUGGCUACCUGAAGAUCCGUCAGUACAGCCUGGACAUGUCUCCGUUUGACGGCUGCUAUCAGAACGUUGGGCUGGUGGCGGUCGGUCACUCGCUGCCACCAAGCGCUGUCACUGAGAUCAAACUGCACAGCAACAUGUUCAUGUUUAGAGCGAGCCUGGACAUGAAGCUCAUCUUCCUCGACUCACGGGUUGCAGAGCUGACUGGCUACGAGCCUCAGGAUCUAAUAGAGAAGACGCUCUAUCAUCACGUCCACAGCUGUGACUCCUUCCACCUGCGCUGUGCUCAUCACUUGUUGCUGGUGAAAGGUCAGGUUACCACUAAGUAUUACCGCUUCUUGGCCAAGCAAGGUGGCUGGGUCUGGGUUCAGAGUUAUGCAACCAUUGUGCACAAUAGCCGCUCGUCCCGACCUCACUGCAUCGUCAGUGUCAACUAUGUUCUCACGGAGACUGAGUAUAAAGGCCUCCAGCUGUCUAUGGACCAGGCUGCGUCCAAGGCGUCCUUCCCCUACAGCAGCAGCAGCAGCGCGGCCAGCAGCCUCACGGACAGCUGCAGGACGCCCAAGAGCAAAGUGGCCCGGCACAAGACCAAAGCCAGACUGUCCCCAUACACACAGUAUCCCAGUUUCCAGACGGAGCGCUCAGAGUCGGACCAGGACAGUCCGUGGGGCAGCAGCCCCCUCACCGACUCCGCCUCCCCUCAGCUGCUGGAGCAGAGUGAAGGUCUGGACGCCUCCUGUGUGUACAGGCAGUUCGCCGAUCCUCGCACGCUUUGCUACAGCCCGUCCGAAGAACAGCGCCACGCACACCUCAACACACAUGGUCAAGGCCAGCGUUGUGAGCAGGCCCGAUGUGAGGCCGGGCGCUACUUUCUUGGAGCUCCUCCGCCCAGCAGCAACGUGCUGUGGGGCUCCAGCAGGUCCAUUCUACCGCUGAGCAAGAGCUCCCUGGAGAACCACGAUGGAUAUGACAGCAGCAUGCCACACAUCACAGCCAUCCACAGCUACAAUGGCCAGGGCCACUGGGAGGAGGACAGUGUGGUCAGCUCUCCAGACGCAGGCUCAGCCAGUGACUCAGGGGAUCGCUACCGAGCCGACCACUACCACUGCAGCCCACAGGAGCCCAGCAAGAUCGAGACGCUGAUCCGAGCCACGCAGCAGAUGAUCAAGGACGAAGAGAGUCGGCUUCAGCUGAGCAAGGGUCCUCCAGAUCCCCCACUGGGACCAGCCAAUGGACUGCCCAAGGGCACUGGUCCGUGCUUCACACCCGAGUACCCUCAGGGGCCCCUGCCUCUACAGUCAGUGGUGUGUCGAGGGCUGAGUCAGGCGAUCAGCCCGGCAAAUAGCCCCGCCCCUCUGUCCAGGCUCAGCAGUCCAGGAUCGGAGCGCCUCCACAAGCCUAAAGACUACCUCCAGACAGACCUGCCCCCCCUUUCUUUGCCAUUACAUCACCCGCUGAGUCGCCCGGGCCCCUGCUCAGCUUCUCCCACCCUGGCCCCGGCCCUCUACCCCUCCCACGCCCACCCGCGGCCCUAUUUGGACAAGCAUACAGCCUACUCGCUGACAGGAUAUGCUCUGGAGCACCUCUAUGACCCGGAGAGCCUCCGGGGCUAUUGCACCUCCGCCAGCUCUGGCCCCACCCAUUACGAUAUGACCCCGCACCUCCGCAUACCGGCAGAGCAGACGCCCGGACACAAAGGCACCUCUGUCAUUAUCACCAACAGCAGCUAA